AUGGCAGCGAUCGUCUCCCUGCUGUCCUGGCGGACCUUGCGGCCAGUCGUCCUCGUGCUGCUUGCCCACUCGUGCAGCUCUGACGCACUCAAUGUGGAUCGUCUUCCUCGUCCCUCCAGACUCGCUCUCGCAGAGACGGCAGCAACCCCCGAAAUCAAUCCAUGGGCCGGCCUCCUGGAGAAAUACAACGUCCCUCUGGUGCACGGUUCUGGCGUGUACGUCGACCUCGGGAACACCAAGCGGCUCCACGGCAAGAACUACCGCGAGCCCGGAGGCUUGUGCCCGAACUUUGGCAAGUACAUCGAAACCCACCAGCCAACGAGGAACGCAGAAAUCUGGCCGAACAACUUCUUGAAGCCUGUGCCCUACGCGAAAUCCGCGCAAGACACGAAACCGCUCGGAGGAGGAUUUGCUAUGCCCAUGACUGUAAUCAGUCCGAAAUCGCUCGAUGAGCUGAAGUACCACGCGCAAACGUUUGACAAAAAGCCCGACGCUUCGGAUUACGCCAAGAAGUUCGUAAAGGACAUCAAAGACGACUUGGGCUACUGCAUCUGGUGGGCACGAAUGACUUCCGUGCAUGACUCGGAUGCGGCGGCCGUGAACAUGUCGAAAGAAGACUACUACCGAUACGCCUUUGCGUACGACGCGAAAAACUCCACGUGCCACAUCAUGUAUCUGAACAUGCAGGAGAUGACGGGCGCCGGAACGUACUGCAAAAACGGCGAUUCGGGUCCAGACCUGAGUUGGUACUGCUUCAAUCCGAAGAAGUCCGUGGACAGCGGCCUCGUCUGGGGAAGUGCCUACGCGCGACUCGACCAUGCAACCGCAUGUCCGGAGCACGGUCUGAAGAACGUCCACUGGGGGCAAUGGAAUGGGGUGUCCUGCCAAAGAAUGGCUGUCCGGAAGCGGAUCUCCGUCAGCGACGCGGCGGAAUGCGCCACGCAGCUGUUUGCAAACAGCCCAAGUGACAACCCGACCAAGUACGUCGGCGACGAGGGACGUGGACUGGAUAAAAUCUACAAAGACUUCGUUGCAGUUCUGUUCCCAGCGGGAGCCGGCGGGAGCGAUCAGCCCCACUCUCGCGGAGCGGGGGUUAACUGGGCGAACUUCUACAAGGCUGGAAACACAUGCGAAAUGUACGAUGGCGUCCCGGACUGCCUGACGUCGGCUCCAGGCCAGUACGCGUUUGUGAGUCUCGCGGACCCGGACCCGAACAACGCGCAGCUCCCGCCGUGUACACAGGACAGCGACGGCAUCAGCAUUCCUUCGAACUCGUGCACCUGCGCUGCCGGCUCCCUCUCCGGAACGACCGCAGGGGCGAAGUGCGAAGACGGAAAGUGGAUAGAUUCUUCCGUCCCCUGCACAUGCGAGCCCGACGAGGAAGACGACAGUGUCAACGUCUGGCUGAUUGCAGGUCCAUGCAUUGCCGCCGCCGUCCUGCUGCUCGGAGGAGCGGCGUACUGGAUCGCCCGAAGGAAGAAGGAGGAACCGGAGGUUGGAAAGCCCAACAUCGUGGACGAGACAAGGGAGCACGCGGUUCGAGCUCGCCAGAACCAAGCAGAUUUGCUACAGGAAGCGGAGCCUUCUUUCUGGGGAGAAGCUGCCAGUCAGCCCACAAACGUCAUCCUCGAACCCGGGGCAAUCGACAGGGACUUCUAA